GAGUAGCUUUUACUGUUGUAAAUAUGUUUACGGUUUCCUUAUCGCUGUUUAUUGUCUUUUUUAAUUUAGUAUUAUUUAGUAAUGGAUUUUAUGUGCCUGGUGUGGCUCCAGUGGAGUUUAAGAAAGGACAAAGAAUUGAAGUAAGAGCUGUUAAAAUGACCAGCAUUCAUACACAAUUACCGUAUGAAUAUUAUUCACUGCCAUUGUGCUUACCAAAAAAUGGAUCUUUUACAUAUAAAUCUGAAAACUUAGGGGAAGUUCUACGAGGUGAUCGAAUAGUUGAUACCCCUUAUGAUGUGCAUAUGGCUGAAAAUAUUAAGUGUAAACUCUUGUGCCAUAAAAAAAAUGAUCCAAUCAAUUGGAGUGUGGAAGAAUCAGAAGAGGUUGCAAGUCGAAUAGAACAUGAAUAUUUUGUACAUUUGUUGGUUGACAAUUUACCAGUGGCUACAAGAGUUAUUAACCGGGAGACUUCGGAAAAGACUAUUGAACAAGGUUAUCGAUUAGGUUUUAUGUCCAAAGGAAAAGCAUUUAUUCAUAACCACUUGAAACUUCUACUCAAAUAUCACAAGUACAGUCAAGAUUCCUACAGAGUUGUGGGUUUUGAAAUGGAAACAUAUUCUGUGGAUAAAGAUGAGUUAACUUUUAAUGAUGAACUUUCCUGUCAAUUUCCAUCUGAUGCAAAACCGCAGCUAGUGAAUGAAGACACAGGAACAAAGUUGUAUUUUACAUAUGCGGUGGAAUGGGGAGAGUCUGAAAUAGGCUGGGCAUCCAGAUGGGACAUUUAUUUGGGCAUGAAAGAUGUUCAGAUCCAUUGGUUCUCCAUUAUCAACUCUAUUGUGGUUUUAUUCUUUUUGUCAGGUAUAUUAACAAUGAUCAUGGUCAGAACAUUGAGAAGAGAUAUAGCGAGAUACAAUUCAGAUGAAGGCAUUGAUGACAUGAUGGAGGAAACUGGUUGGAAAUUAGUUCAUGGUGAUGUUUUCAGACCACCUCCUAAAAGAAUGCUCUUUGCAGCUGUUAUUGGGAGUGGGAUACAAAUUUUCUUAAUGGCACUCAUAACUAUAUUUAUUGCUAUGUUGGGCAUGUUGUCGCCAGCAAGCCGUGGUGCACUCAUGACUGCUGCAAUCUUUCUGUAUGUGUUCAUGGGUCUCAUUGCCGGCUAUUAUUCUGCUCGUCUAUACAACACAAUGAAGGGAAAACAAUGGAAGCAAGCCGCAUUUCUUACAGCCACUAUCUACCCUGCUAUUGUAUUUGGGACAUGUUUCUUUUUGAAUUUCUUUAUAAUGGGUAAACAUUCUAGUGGCGCAGUACCAUUUUCAACUAUGAUGGCUUUAUUGUGUUUAUGGUUUUGCAUAUCAUUGCCUCUGGUAUAUUUCGGUUACUACUUUGGAUGCAGAAAGCAACCGUUUCAACAUCCUGUAAGAACUAAUUUCAUUCCAAGGAAAGUACCGGAACAAGUUUGGUAUAUGAAUGUCUUUGUCUGUAUUUUGAUGGCUGGCAUACUACCAUUUGGCGCAGUUUUUAUAGAGUUGUUUUUCAUUUUUAAUGCUCUUUGGGAGAAUCAAUUUUAUUAUUUAUUUGGAUUUUUAUUCUUAGUAUUUUGCAUUUUGGUGAUAUCAGUGUCGCAAAUUUCAAUUGUGUUGGUUUAUUUCCAACUUUGUGGAGAGGAUUACCAUUGGUGGUGGAAAAGUUUUAUUAUAUCCGGUGGAUCCAGUGUCUACAUCUUAAUAUAUUCAAUAUUUUAUUUCUUUACAAAACUGGAGAUCACUGAAUUCAUACCAACUUUGCUAUAUAUUGGCUACACAGGUCUUAUGGUGUUAACUUUUUGGUUACUGACUGGCACAAUAGGAUUUUUUGCAGCUUACACAUUCAUUAGAAAAAUUUACGCUGCAGUGAAAAUCGAUUAAUUUAUUAAUUUCUAGCACAUUUAUUUUAGAAAAUGUAUGUUUUAAAUUGAUAAGAGUCACUAUUUUUAUAAACUUGAGUUGAUUAUGUGUGUUAAAUCAAAGGUCAUUUGCUGAUUACUUUGUUUGUAAAUAGGUGAAGAUUGUGAUUUAUUUGUAAUAAAUUAAUUAAGUUGGCUUUAAAUCUAAUGACACAGUCUCAAUACUCAAACAUUCCGCGAUGGAAUGUAAGAAAAAUCCUGACGAAAGCAACAUAUUAGAAUAUAUUUAUGAUGAAUAGUAACCUUUUAGAGAUUAAAUAGGCAAUAAAAUGGAUCUUGCAACAUUAAAGUACAUUUACAUGA